AUGGGUGUACCCAGGUCUGGUAACUCUAGUUUGUAUUGUUGGGACACUGUCUCUUCCUUCAAAAGGAAAAGACUUUACAACAAUGGUUCUGUUCCUUUGGAGAAUCUUGCUGUUGGGGAUGCUCAAGUUUGCACGACGGUGGGGUGUUGGAGAACCAAUGACACGUUUCAAUUGCCAUCUGGGUCUGAUGAAUUUGCUUCAAUUUCAUCUAGGUAUGGCUUCUCUUGUGGAAUUCUGAGGAUUGGUUCUUUGGUUAAGUGUUGGGGAGAUAUGGAUAUUGCGAGUCAGAUAGAGAAUGAGUUUGGAAACAUGUCCAUGUUGAGUAUUGUAGCGGGUGGUUCACAUGUUUGUGGGUUGAAUUCAACUGGGUUUUUGGUAUGCAGAGGGAGUAACAGUUUUGGGCAAGUGAAUGUUCCCCAAGGUGGGCUUUUGAGUUUGGUGGGUUGGCAUUGGGAGCUGAGCAUGGUUGUGCAGUUAGAAGAUGAAGAUGCAGAGAUUUACCCGGUCAUGGAGAAAACUUUCUUCCUUUUAACUUUUGUCUUGUCAUUCCACCAUUUCAUGGCCUCCCCAGAUAUAAGCAACAUCAAUGUCACUAUAGACCAAUCUACACUAAUGGCCUUUAAGUCUUAUAUCACAUUGGAUCCCCAAGACAUGUUGGCCAAAAAUUGGUCUACCUCUGACUCUGUGUGCAACUGGUUUGGUGUCACUUGUGAUACAAAGUAUGGAAGGGUCACGGGCUUAAAUCUCACAAACAUGAAUUUAAAUGGUACCCUUCCUCCUCAUUUAGGAAACUUAACUUUUCUUGUUGAGCUUGAUCUUCAUAACAAUAGCUUUCAUGGAAUUGUACCAAAAGAGUUGGCCUUAAUACCUAGAUUGAAGGUGUUCAACUUGUGCACUAACAAUUUUGGUGGAGAAUUUCCAACAUGGAUGUGGGAGUUAUCUAAACUCCAACAUUUAAGUCUCUGCAAUAACAGUUUUUCAGGUUUGGUUCCUGCAUCCCUAUCCAACUUGUCAGAGCUUGAAACUUUGGAUUUGAGCUUUAAUUUCUUACAUGGGAGCAUUCCACCUGAGCUUGGAAGGCUUCAUAACUUGACAUUUUUAGAGUUGGCAAACAAUCAUCUCUCCAGCGACAUCCCUUCUUCAAUCUUCAAUAUCUCCACACUUCAAGUGAUUGAUUUCUCGUAUAAUUUUUUAUCAGGAAGCAUCCCUCAAAAAGUUGGUGAUCUAUCACAACUAAGAAGCAUAAAUUUGAGCAAAAACAACCUUUCAGGAUCCAUACCAAUAUACUUGUUCAACAUAUCUACACUUCAAGAGAUUCAAUUCACUUACAAUAACCUAUCUGGCUCUUUGCCAUCUUAUAUGUGUCGUGGGCUUCCACUGCUUGAAAAUCUUGACCUCUCUGGGAAUUCAUUUUCUGGUCAAAUUCCACAAAGUUUGGAUCAAUGUAAAGAGCUCAAAUAUCUGAAGAUGAUCAACAAUAGAUUUUACGGACACCUGCCUAGUGAUAUCGGGAGAUUAUCUAUGCUUGAGGAGUUAGAUCUCAGUGACAACAAUCUAACAGGUUCACUUCCACCAUCUCUUUUCAACAUAUCCUCUUUGAGACUAAUAAAUCUUCGGAACAACAUCUUCGGUGGUCAACUUCCAGAAGAAAUAUGUACCAUACCUUACGAGAUUGGUGACUUAAAAAACCUUCAGCAAUUGCAUUUGCAAAAUAACAGACUUAGAGGAUCUAUUCCUCCAAACAUCUUCAACCUCUCAGGGUUACAAAGUCUGUCACUAUCAUAUAACCAACUCUCAGGAAAUCUUCCAAAUGUGUAUCAUAGCCUUUCCAAUCUCCAAUUCCUGUACCUUGCAAACAACAAUCUUAGUGGAGAAAUUCCAAGUGCCCUUUACAAUGCUUCAAUGCUUCAUGAACUUGUACUUGCAAACAAUUCAUUCACUGGAGUUAUACCUGACUCAAUUGGGAAUUUAAGGAACCUUCAACUCCUUUCUCUGGUAGGAAACAAGUUCACUAGUGAUCCUUCUUCUCCAGAAAUUAGUUUCCUCACUUCAUUGACAAAGUGUAGACAAUUGAAAAGGAUUUGGUUAUCAUUGAAUCCUCUUAAUGGAACACUUCCAAAUUCUAUUGGAAACCUGUCAAGCUCUCUUCAAAUUUUCAACGCCUGGAGUUGUAAUAUCAAGGGCGAAAUUCCUUCAGAGAUUGGUAAUUUAAAGAACUUGUUUGAUGUUGUUCUGAAUGAUAACCAACUUAUUGGACAGGUUCCAAGUACAAUUGGCACCUUGCCACUUCUCCAACGUUUGGAUCUCUCAGACAACAAUCUAAAUGGCUCAAUCCCAGGUCAGAUUUGUCAGUUACUAAAGUUGAAUGAGUUGAGUCUUAGCAAAAACAAAUUUUCUGGGGCAGUGCCAGGAUGCAUGGGGAAUCUUACUUCUCUAAGGAAUCUUUACUUGGAUUCCAAUAACCUCAACUUUACAAUACCUUCUUCCCUUUGGAGCCUCACUGAUAUCUUGGAGGUCAACUUUUCCUCUAAUGGUUUCAGUGGCUCUUUGCCAACUGAGAUAAAUGGCAUGAGUUCUGUGAUAAAAUUGGACAUAUCAAAGAAUCAUCUUUCUGGAAACAUUCCCAUUGAGAUUGGUGGGUUGCAGAGGAUAUUGAACCUUUCAUUAGCUAAUAAUAUGUUACAAGGGCCUAUUCCUGAUUCAGUUGGCAAUAUGCUAAGCUUGGAAUUUCUAGACUUUUCUCAUAAUCUUUUAUCAGGAAUCAUCCCCAAGUCAAUGGAGAACCUUCUUUAUCUCAAAUUUAUCAACUUGUCUUAUAAUAAACUACAAGGGGAAAUUCCUUCUGGUGGCCGUUUUGCAAAUUUCACAGCUCAAUCAUUCAUGAUGAAUGAUGCACUUUGUGGAAGACCUGAGCUAGAAGUCCAACCAUGUCCCAGAAGUAGUGGUGCUAAACAUAGCAGGACAAGCAAAAAGAUUAUACUCAAAGUUAUAGUACCCAUAAUUGUGUCUGGUGUCUUUGUUGGUUGUGCAAUUUUUCUAAUACACAGGAGAAAAUCUAGUAAAGGUUUAACUGUUAUAGACUUGCCAACAUUCCAAUUCCCAAGUCGAAUUUCCUACUAUGAACUUGUGGAAGCAACACAGCAAUUUGAUGAGAGCAAUGUUCUUGGAAAAGGGGGUUUCAGUUCUGUGUACAGAGGUGAGCUUUCAAAUGGGGUGGUGAUUGCAGUCAAAGUAUUCAAUUUGGAAGUGCAACAAGCAUCAAGGAGUUUUGAUGUAGAAUGUGAAGCAAUGCGCAAUCUUCGCCAUCGUAAUCUAGUUAAAGUCAUUACCAGUUGUUCUAAUGCCUUUGAUUUCAAAGCUUUGGUUAUGGAAUUUGUGCCAAAUGGGAGCCUAGAGAAGUGGUUGUAUUCUCAUAACUAUUUCCUACCUUUCGUACAAAGGUUGGACAUAGUAAUAGAUGUUGCAUCUGCCUUGGAGUAUCUCCAUCAUGGUAACUCAAAACCUGUGGUACACUGUGACCUGAAGCCAAGCAAUGUUUUGUUGGAUAAAAAUAUGGUUGCUCAUGUUUGUGAUUUUGGCAUUGCUAAACUCUUGGAAGAAGGACAAUCUCAAAUUCACACCAACACCUUUGCAACUCCUGGUUACAUUGCACCAGAAUAUGGAACCAAAGGUGUUGUGUCCAUUAAAGGAGAUGCAUACAGCUAUGGUGUUAUGCUGAUGGAAGUAUUCACAAGAAAGAAGCCAACUGAUGAAAUGUUUGUAGAGGGACUAAGCUUAAGGUCAUGGAUCCAUGAGUCAAUGCCACGUGGGAUCAUUCAGGUUGUAGACCCUAAUUUGCUGGAGGGAGAGGAACAACUUGUUUCUGCUAAGAAAGUAGCUUUAUUAAAUAUCAUGGAGUUGGCUUUGAAUUGCUCUGUAGAGUCCCCUGAUGAGAGAAUGAGUAUGGAGGAAGUCUUUAGUCGCAUGAACAAAAUCAAAACUAUAUUUUUGCAGAUGGUAGAAGAAAAUUUAAGUUAA